ACUAUUUCCUGGAGCAAUCUGGCUGGGGUGGCUCCACUUUGCAUUUGCUCUCGACUACUUUGCUGCCUCCUCUGCAGCUGCCGGACCUGCCUCUGCUGCUGCUCAGGGAGAGCAUCUGGGGAUUACCUUGUAGACCACUGAGAAGAUGAGCUCAAGCUACUGGAGUGAGAUGAGCAGCAGCAGCUGUGGGACUCAGCAGUCCCCAGAGGUGCUGCCAUGCCAGCCCCAGCAUUACCACUGCUACCGUCAGUCAAGCCAAGCCCAGCAGCCUCCAGAAAAAAAUGUAGUGUACGAGCGAGUGAGGACUUACAGUGGGCCCAUGAACAAGGUGGUUCAAGCUUUGGACCCUGUCGGCUCAGGAGAAGUGCUCUCCCCUCUCAAAACUUCCUCCUCCUACCAAAGCUUGGUUUGGAGCGACCAUUCCCAGGAACUUCAUUCUCCAACUCUGAAAAUAUCUACUUGUGUCCCAGGCACUCUACGUAUAACCCCAAAUACUGAACAGGAACUCCAUUCUCCAACAGUCAAAGUUACUACAUAUCCUCAAACUACUAUAAGGCGAUAUAUAGUGCAAAAUCCUGAACAGGAACCUCUGUCGCCAUUCCUAAGAGGAGGCCAUUUCUUUCCAGGAAAUAAUGUUAUUUAUGAAAAAACCAUAAGAAAAGUAGAGAAGCUAAAUACGGAUCAGGAAUGCUAUCCUCAGGUUCAGUGCCAUCAUCACAUUGUUCAACAGCCCCAGAUCAUCCACUCUCCACACUGUGAACAAUCCCAUUCUAGUCAGAAAAUCCAAACCAUCACAGGAAGUGAUUCAGUUUCUACAAACACUGGAAUUGAACUGUGCCAUGGUGGCUCAAACCAUACACAUGAGCAGGUGAUAAUUCAGGAUGACAGCCCUGAAAAAUUGGAUCCCAAAUAUUUUGGAGAAUUGCUUGCUGAUCUAAGCCGCAAAAAUAUGGAUCUAUAUCACUGUUUAUUAGAACAUUUGCAGAGAAUUGGAGGAAGCAAACAGGACUUUGAGUCUGUAGAUGAGUCAGAAGACAUUGAAUCAUUGAUUCCAAAAGGAUUGUCAGAAUUUACAAGACAGCAAAUUCGCUAUAUUCUGCAGAUGAGGGAUAUGUCUGAUAAAUCUCUCCGACUAGUGCUCUCCACAUUCAGCAACAUACGGGAAGAGCUUGGACAUCUUCAGAAUGACUUGACAUCACUGGAAAAUGAUAAGGUAAGACUUGAGAAAGACUUGGCAUUCAAAGAAACUCAAAUUAAAGAGUAUGAAGAACUCUUGGCAUCAGUGAGAGCUGAUAAUCGCCAACAGCAGCAAGGACGUCAAGACUCAACCUCAAAAUGCCAAGCAUUGGAAGAAGACAAUCUCUCUCUUCGGCAUACGCUAUCAGACAUAGAAUAUAGACUAAAAGAACUGGAAUACUGUAAGCGUAAUUUAGAGCAAGAGAAUAAAAAUCUUAGAAUGCAGGUUUCUGAGACUUGCACAGGCCCGAUGCUGCAGGCUAAAAUGGAUGAGAUUGGCAACCAUUACAUGGAGAUGGUAAAAAACUUAAGAAUGGAGAAAGAUAGAGAGAUCUGCAAACUAAGGACUCAAUUAAAUCAGUACCAAAAAGAUGUUUCAAGAAGAGAAGGAAGCUGCAGUGACUUCCAAUUCAAGAUUCAUGAACUGACAAGUUUGCUGGAAGAGAAGGAUUCCCUUAUAAAGCGUCAGUCAGAGGAACUCUCGAAGUUGAGACAAGAAAUAUAUUCAUCUCAUAACCAACCCUCCAGUGGUGGAAGGACAACUAUUACAACUAGAAAGUACAGGACACAGUAUCCAAUCCUAGGCCUCUUGUAUGAUGACUAUGAAUAUAUACCACCAGGUAGUGAUACACAAACUAUUGUUAUUGAGAAAACAGAAGACAAAUGGACUUGUCCAUGAAUGAAUCCCCAGCUCAAAGGAAUUUUUUGUGUCUUCAUUAGUACUUUAUUUUUUCAUAACUAAAGCCAAUCAAUAUUUUAAACCAUGCUACAACCCUGCAAGUCUAAUGGAAUUAAUUAGUUAUACAGAUGAGUUUCUCCAGCCUUUAUAAGGCCUGAAUCCUAUCACAUUCUUUUAUUCAAUAUAGCAACAUACUAAUUUUUAAAACUCAAUUAUAAACUGUAGGACUUAAUCCACUCUUUUUCAAUAGGGUGCUUCCUAGACAGAGUUAAUUUUGUUGGGGUAGACAUUUUACAAGUUAUCUCACUAGAAGUUUUCCUAUGAUAUAGAGACUUCCCUGGUGGUUCAGACGGUAAAGUAUCUGUCUACAAUGCAGGAGACCUGGGUUCAAUCCCUGGG